AUGUUCUCUUCAAUAAAUCUUCCUGAGCGGGGUUUCAGUCUACACGUUAACAUAACAAUUGACCCUUCCAAUGUUGAUGCCUUUCUUGCUGCCUUCCGACCAGUUUACGAAGCCGUAGUUGCCGAGCCGGACUGCAGCUUCUUUGAGGUUUUCUAUUCCCUCGACGAGCCAGGUGUAUUCCGAUUUGUAGAAAAUUGGAACAAAAGCCGGGAGUGGUUUCUCGAGAACCAACUCACCAAGGAGUAUUAUAAGCCGUAUUUGGAUAUCACUGAGCCCAUGUGGAUUAAACCGCGCACAUUUAAUUUCUUUGGCCGAAGCUCCAAGGAGUGGACAACUGUAAAAGAGGGCAAUUUUUGA